AUGGCGGCCACCGUGGGCAUUCGCAGUGGACUUUCACGACAUUGGACUGGAUCUUUGCUGGAGCUGAAUUGUAACAGUGCUGAAUCGUUGAGUGACUAUCCGGACACGUCCACUGAAAAUCCAUUCUAUGUUCACUGGCGAACAGAUAGCACAAAUGGAAUCGAGAAUGUUCACAGUCUGAAUGGAAAUGGCUUUAUUCAUCUAAAUCAGGAAGACAAUUCAGAGGGUUUCGAUUACAGCAAGGAAGACACUACUCAAUUUGGUAAAAAUGGAUAUAGCAGAGCUGCAAAUUUUACGCCGAAUCAGCUUUUUCGAUUGCGACAGUUAAUUUCGUUGUUGCACCGAAAUUUCCAUCAUCGGUACGGCAAAAGUUCCAGUGACUCGUCCGGAAAGUCUUCGAGAAAUUCCAGCAGUUCCAGUGAUUUCUGUCAUACUUUUGAUGAGUCUGAUCGCACACACGCCUCCAGUCAGAACUUCAUGUGUUCUCUGGGCCGUCUCGGUGGGAUUGCCGGCGAUCAUAAAUUAGUUCAUGCAUUGUUUGAUUCUAACUUGGAACGAUAUUUCCCAAAUGAGCAAAGUUUUUUGGUGCUCACUAAAUCCAAGAGAAGACAUUGCAGUAGCGAAGGUGACCUCACCUUUGUCAGUAGUGGUACGUGUGAUCCUAUUCCAAAUGAUCGUUUGUUGAAUUCAGUUUCAAAUAUAGCAAACUCAAAUAGUACGUCCACUAGCGAACCGGAUGGAGAAACUGUAACCUCUUCCAUCUCUGUGGAAACCUUGACAGAGCGGAACGAUUUGCCCACUUCUGAUGUAACUCAACAGCUCGAAGUGGAAACCAUAGUCGAAAGAAAGACAGAGGAACACAUAACUAACGAUGUAUAUACUUCCUGCACCGUUACUCAAAAGGUUACAGAUGACUGUAAAUACACGGAAGAACCGGUUGUUGAUGACCAAAUUAAUCAUGUGGCGGAGCAGUCAAGUAAGAAUCUGCUCCAGGACCAGACAAGUGAUGAGAAUGAACAAAUAUCAAAAGAAAAAACAGAAAUCUCUUCUGCUUCGCUGCCUUGUAUACAGGCACCCUGUGACGACAGCACUGAUUCACCAGCUUGUUCGGACCCUAUCCCACGACUGACGAAAUGCGAACUAUCCACUUUGCAAGUGAGGAAAUUUGAACGGGCCAAUUCUACAGCAUCAGUUUCCAGUGCCCGUAUGGUUAAAACUGUCUCCUUCGCAGAUGAAGUCGGUCAGUCACUGACGGAAGUCUUUCUGUUCCGUAAAACAGAAGAGGAAAGCUUUAUUCCCGACUACGAUGACGAGUUUGAAAGCCCAUUCCUCAGCUUUUUGCGCAAACCUAAGGCGUCCUCUUUCGGUCGGUUUACCAGAUCGCGGAACAAGCGGGGUAUCGAUGAUUUUCCAGCUUACAGUUCCGACACACAAAUAUCAUCUUUCCACCAUUUCACCGGAUACUCCAAUGGGCCUACUGUAGAACAAAGCAAAUACUUGUGGUUCCUUGAUUUUGCACAACCAGCAGCUCAAUACUACGAAUUUCGACAACGAAUUGAAAACGGAUGUGUGUCGUUGGAAAACAUUACGCUCACCCAACCAGAAGACUACGCACCACAACAACAGCAGCAGCAACAACCGCAAGGAAAAACUGAUAACACAGCAAAUUCGUCGAAUGCACGUCUCCCCCAAUUGUCCGGCACAAUCAAGGUGAAAAAUGUUCACUUCGAUAAGAAGGUUUGGAUCAGAAUGACCACCAACAAUUGGGUCACUUUCACCGAUUGUCCAGCCAUAUAUAAUGCAGAUCUCUCUUCCGGCAGUGCUCGAGCGCCUGCUCGAUUUGACACGUUUACAUUUCAAAUCAAUGCAUCAAAUUAUCCGCGGGAAUGUGACAAUGUUGAACGCAUUGAAUUCGCGAUUAGGUAUUGUGUCGGACCGGAAAGUUCACAUGGUCAAUUUUGGGACAAUAAUGAUGGACGGAAUUAUGUCAUUGAAAGGCGGCGUGUUGAAUCCGGCUGGUCCAGUCCGACCAAUUCCAGUCCAUCCCUCCUGUCAAACAUGAACAAUUCAUACACCGGUCUGUCCGAUUAUUCAACGCACGAUUCAAACUCGUCCACGGGGAACACAUGUAACCCUUACACAUUAGAUUACCGACCCAAUUUUACCGGGAUUUCCUCGUUUACAGAUUAUCGCGCUUGGGAACAUUACGCAUCUGAAUCGAUCUACUACUAA